AUGUCUUACAGCCAAGCACUCGGCAGCCUUCGGUUCUUCAUGUGCCGUCGACACCUAGCAGGCUCCUCACCGGACCUUUUAACUCGCGAGGAAGCUUCAGCCUUCACCAUGCACAGCCUCAAGGUCUGCCUUCUCAGCGCCGGUGCCCAGAUUCAGGCAGCUGACAAGAUCCGACAGCAGCAAGGCCAUCACAAAAACCCUAGCGUACAGCUCUACGGCAGAGAUGACACACUACAAGCCUUGGCCUUGCAAACCGAAAUUGCUCAGGCGUGUGCCUCAAGCUGGAGGCCCACCCGACCCAUUGCCAGGGGAGGCCAGCACCCCACCGUCGAGCCGCCUUUUGAGGUCAGCCCUUCACCGCCGCCUAUGUCUUUCCCGCUUGCGGCCCUAGGCCAGGGGUUGGACAGGUUCGUGUACGCCAGAGAAGCCGAGCUGGAGGCAGCCCUCAACAACACACAGCCAGCCUCUGCCUCUGGCCCGGUAGAGCUAGCCUCAUCGGCCGCUCCCAACCACCCGGGGAAGCCGAAGCCGCGGCAAGCCUCCCUCCAACUAUACCAGCCGAUGACAUUGAGGCCUUGUUGGUCGAAAGCUUCGCAACUGCUCGGGCCGAAUCAUCCGACUCAGACGACCCUCAACACCCGCCGUCAGCUCAAGACAUUUGCCUCUUUCAAAACGGGCCAUGGGGUUCAGUCCAUGCCCAGCCUAGGGGAGCGAAUAAGGCAGCCUGCGGAACGCCACGUUCUACAGCCGCUUUUUCGCCAACUUGCCCCAAUCGGCUUGCCGACGCCUGCUGGAUGCACUGCCCUAGCAGCGAAGAAAUGCCGGGCGGACCAGUGCAUGCCCCUCGAGUUGCCUUUCAAACAUGCUGUGCCUGCCUCCGCAGCCGUUUUAGGCUUACACCUUCCUGACAGCCCCCCCUGUUUUUCCCGCAGGAUGGCGAUCUUCGAGCAAUCCGAGCUCGCAGCCUUCCUGCAAGCUCAGGGGGGCCUCUCAGAGUCAGACCUGAGCGACAUGGGAGGCGCCCCAGCCUUCGCCAUCCAUCCCGUCCUUAUCAGCAGCCCUGACGCCGUCAGCCUCACCAUCCUCCUGGAUGGAGCAUCUGCCGCCGAGACAGCACAGCCAGGCUCAGCAGAGCCGACGCCACCCAUACAGGGGCCACUCGCCCCACCCGAGCCGCCCCAGCGCAGCGCCCUGCAGCAGCCGAUUCAACCGACCCCGGCGCCUCUUGUCUGCGGCAAGCACAAGAUGCCAACGUCUGCGCCAUCAACCUCUUAUUGGAAGAUCCUCAACAUUCAUCCGACCUCCUUCUUUAGGCCAUCUGGGCCAGAGUUGUCCUCGGAGUACUGGCAGACCUUGGGACGCUGGCCCCGCAUGUGGAAGAAGCCUGCGCCUUCUUGCAGGCCAUCCGCUCAGCCGGCUUCAGCCUUAUUCUUUCGGCCACCAAACCACUUUUUCUUUCAAUCUGAGCCCUUCUGCGAGGCAGUCCACGAUGGAGGCCUGUUCCUGUGCCCAGAACCAGACUCAGACAGAGUCAUACUUGCCACUGCUCCCCUGCCCACGUGGCCCUGUGCGGAUCCGGGCCUUGCAGCCUUAGAAGCCGCGGGUAUGUUCGCGGCGAUGCCUCUGUCUACCCGAGCCGCUCAGCCCCUCGCUCUCACAUCAGCCUUGCAGACACAUGGCGAUCUCGUCAAAAAUAGAGCCCCCAUUUGCGACGGUGCAGGCAACGCCAGUUCAGCCGAUUGGAGCCAUCCUCAGCCGAGCCCCUCAGCUAUGCAAGAUAUCAUGCAAGCUUGGUUGAAGUGGGCCUCCCAGCGGGACAUCCCCAAGCGCAUCUUCGCCCACCUUUCACAGAGCAAGCCGGAGCACCCUCUACCUGAGGAAGACCAGUUUCAGCUUAUCAGAAUAGCCUGCGAGGUCAUGGAUUGGGACUAUGACUCCAUGAUCCAAGCCGCCGAUGGCCAGCCGUUCCGCCUUAAUCUCAUGCAGGCCUUUGCGGAUCUCCUGGACGAUCCGGACAAAAACCUCCCAGCCCUGCUUCGACCCGCCCCAGACACAGUUCGCAAUCUCCUAGCCGACGAGGAGGCGGCAGGCUGGAUCAAGCCAGUACCAGUCGGCCUGGAGGAAGCCAAGCGCAUUUGGCCCAAGGGCAUAGCCGUAGGGAAGCUGAGCCUUGUCAAGGCCGAAAAUCGGGACCCAAGACUCGUCCUGGACAGCACCGUAUGCCAAGUUAACCCCAUGUGCCGCAUUCCAGAAGCGGUGGCCAUGCCUACAGUCAAUGAUGUCCGAGCCACGUUCAUGCCUUCAGACCCGCGGGGAGUCAAUCUGCCCCUCAAAGCACGCAUUAUAGAGGUCGGCAGCCGACCGGUUCACUGCAAGGCCGACCUUCCGCCCCAGCCGAAAUCCUCACGAGUCACUUGGGUCCGUAUUUCGGACCCCUCUUGCCCGGAAAUCAAGCUCACCAACACAGCUCAGGACAGCCUUCGCUGGCUCUUGCCGCGGAUUGAAGCCAUCCCAACCACCAGCCUUUCCCUCCCGCCACUGGUGCUUUGCCUUGGCAGAGCGGAUGCGCUGGCCGAGGGAGACAGAGUCGGCAUCGGUGGAUGGAUCACCACCAAGCAAAGCAUGGCGUGGUUUGCCGAAGCCUGGAGCAUGGAAGAGAUCCGAAAUACCUGGCCCUUUCUCACGAAGGACGCCCAGCGUUACAUAGCCUGCUUUGAGACGCUUGCACAGUUAGCCUUAGCCAUGACUGCCAGGGAGCGGCACGCAUUCUCACAGUUCUCUGUCUGCUGGCCUUCGCAGAGCGACAACACCCCUUCCGAAGCCGGGAUCAAUAAGCUGUUCACCACGAGCUGGCCGCUUUCCCAGUUCCUUCAGCUAAUAGCCUCUUGGUCAUCCUGCCAUGGAGUUGACCUUCAGGUGUCCCACGUGGCAGGGGCCCAUAAUCAAGGGGCCGACGACCUCAGCCGCGGUCAUCUUCAGGCCUUCAGCCACAGACCGCAGGAGCGUGUCAGGAUCAGCCUUCAUCGUUUAGCCUCAGCAGCCUCGCAAGCGCAUUGGUCCGGAGCUCCGGACUCGGCAUGCCCACUCUUGCCCAGAUCCGACUGA